CCGUCCCCAUCCCAGCACAGCAGGCUGAUGGUAUAUUCUAGGUUUGAAAAGUCGCUUUAUGACCUGAUCAAGGGUCUUCGCAACCACAAGGGAGGGGAGGAUGAAUUCAUUAAAAGCUGUCUCCGCGAAUGCAAAGCGGAGAUUAAGUCGCAGGACAUGGACAAAAAGGCAACGGCGCUACUAAAGCUCAUAUAUCUGGAAAUGUUUGGAUAUGAUAUGUCGUGGGCGUCCUUUCAUGUCCUGGAAGUGAUGUCGUCUUCGAAAUACCUUCAAAAAAGAGUGGGCUAUCUGGGGGCGGUGCAGAGCUUUCGCCCAGACACAGAGGUCCUCAUGUUGGCUACAAAUAUGCUCAAAAAGGACAUUGUCUCUCCUAAUAUACUUACCCUAUCACUGCCACUGGCUACAUUGCCACAUAUUAUCACUCCAUCGUUGGCCAUGUCACUGCUUCCAGACAUUUUAUCCCGGCUCUCACACUCAAGUGCAGUCAUACGAAAAAAGACCAUUGUAUGUCUAUAUAGGCUCGCUCUAGUCUACCCGGAGGCGCUCAAACUCGCGUGGCCCAAAAUUCAGGAUCACCUUAUGGACCCCCAAGAGGACAGCAGUGUCACCAGUGCGGCGAUCAAUGUUGUUUGUGAACUUGGUUGGCGUCGGCCUCAUGACUUUCUCCCGAUGGCACCGAGAUUCUUUGAGCUUCUUGUGGAUAGCGGCAAUAAUUGGAUGGCCAUCAAGAUUAUCAAACUGUUUGCAACGUUGACACCGCUGGAACCACGACUCACACGUAAGCUCUUGCGUCCAUUAAUAAAUAUUAUCCAGACAACCACUGCAAUGUCGUUGCUGUAUGAGUGCAUCAAUGGCAUCAUCCAGGGUGGUAUCCUCGAUGGAGAGGACAAUCUUGAGGAGCGAGAUGAUGUGGCAACUCUUUGCGUGGGAAAGCUACGAGGAAUGAUCGCGAUGGACUCCGACCCUAAUCGUGAAGAUUCCUUUAAUCUGUUCAAAUAUGUCGCCCUACUGGCACUAAACCGCAUCGUCACAACUCACCCUAUGCUGGUGGGAAUGCAACAAGAUGUGAUCAUGGACUGCCUUGAUGAUGCGGAUAUCUCUAUUCGAUUACAGGCUCUAGAACUCGCUGCUGGGAUGGUCACGAGCGAUACUCUUGAAGCGGUUGUCAACCGCCUUGUCGAUCAACUUCGAUCGGCCACAACCUCACCCUUAAAAAUCUCAUUCAAUCACGAAGCCACAUCAUCUGAAACAGAGGACUUCACGAGAGGGGAGAUGGGCAGUGAAAUAGAAACGGCAGUCAUCGUACCUAAUGACUAUCGGAAUGAGGUUGUUCAUCGUAUUCUGGACAUCUGUUCUCAGAACAACUACGCCGAGAUCGUUGAUUUUGAGUGGUACAUCCGCAUCCUAGUUCAACUUGUUGGUCUUCUUCCGCCAUCGGAAGUAGAUGAUGAAUAUAGCUCGCCAAUUUACGCCAAUCAGGAUGCUGCAUCUGACUCCAAAAAGACGGUCGCUUUUCGGAUUGGUUCUGAGAUUCGGAAUGUGGCUGUGCGCGUGAAGGGGGUGCGGAUAGAGGCUACCAGAGCGGCAGAAUCCCUUUUGCUCAUCGACAAUAGAUCAACAUUAUUUCCAAUCGGCUCCAAUGUUGGAAAUGAUGUAUUAGGUCCCAUCUCUUGGGUUGCAGGGGAAUAUGCUGAAUUUCUCCUUUCUGCGAGUCGGACUCUUCAAUCUCUGACUGAUCAGUCCAAUGUUUUACUACCUCCGAAGAUACUUCAGCUGUUCCUCCAGGCACUACCUAAGGUUUUUACCCAAGUCGUCCAAUGUACCAUGUCACGAGAGUCGUGGAAGGGUGAAACAUCACUUCUCCUGGCUCGAGCAGUGGAAUUCUUAGAGGCGCUCGCGGCUCAUCCAGAUUUGGACGUGCAAGAGCGAGCCAUUGAGUUCUUGGAAGUCCUCCGGUUGGGUGCCGAGGCAUUGCACUCCGAAACCCAGCAGAUGCCUUUCUUUCUUACGUCUAUUCUGCCGAGUCUAUUCACCGGACUGGAGCUGAAUCCCGUGGCCUCGAGUGCUCAAAAAAGAGUGGUCUUCCCCUCGGCCUUGCAGCUGGAUGCUGCAUUCAAUGAUAACUUGCCCAAUCUUUUCCGCCGAGUGGAAGCAGUGUCUUUUGACCCAAAUCAGCGAAAUGUCUUGCAGAAUUUCUACAACAUUCCUGAUCAAUCUACACCUUCCACCAGAGCACUGCAGGAAUUCACACCAGCGGAGAUCCAGCUGGACGGCUCUUACCAGAAUUUGCGACAAGACCCAGACAACCAGGUAAAGGCAGUGGACAGACGAAAAAUCGAACGAAGGGAGCGUUAUAAGGAUGAUCCAUUCUAUAUUGCACCCUCAGAACCGUCCGACAUGUCCACACCGCCAUUGCUGGGUGCAGCUCAUGGUGAUGCGUUGGAUAUCGACUCGAUUCCCAUUGUCGACUUGAAGCUAGGCGAUGUACCACAUAGUCAUGGAGAACAGAAUGUUUCCAUGGGUAGCCGUUUCUAUUCGACGAGGAUGGAAGUGGCUACAGAAGAAACAUUCGGACUUGAAGACUCUGAAGACCAUCAUCUCUUGGCGAAGGCGACUGGUGGGUUGGCUGGCGCUAAGCGUUCUCUACUUCAGGUUGACUCUAGCGGCUUGGGAAGUCAUUCAUUGGCGAGUGAGAGGCAGGAUCCGGUGUUGCCCGUGGAUGAGGGUGAUAUGGAAAUGAGGAAAGCAAUGCAGAACGUUGAGCGAAUGCGCUUGCAGAUGCAGCGGGCAUCGGAGCGGAUUCAAUUGGAGGGUACUCCAGCAGAGGGAACACUCGUCAGGAAGAAGAAAACCAAGAAGAAGCAUGUAGGUACGCAGGCCGAUCACAUGGGUACUGCGGACCUUGAGUCUGUCGAGGGGGGGAAGGAGAAGAAGAAGAAAAAGAAGAAAAAGCAACGGGAGCAAAUGGAAGUUUGA